UGCACAUUGCAAAGUGUAGUGUAAACAAACAAUUUGGUAUAGGCAAUAUUAGAAGAGUUUAAUUCUAUAAAGUGAAAUAACAACUUAAUUGCAAUAGUAUCUUUAAAUAUGGGUGGCUGUCGCUGUGCAUUUCGUGAUUGUCCUGUUGGGACUUGUAAAUUUCCCGGCAUGCAUUUCUUCCACUUCCCCAUAAACGACCCGGAGCGCUACAUUCGAUGGUUGAGCUUAGCCGACACGAUGCAAUAUCUUGAUAUGCCACUGACUUUUCAAAGAAACCGAGUAGUUUGUGCAAGACAUUUCCGAGUUGAAUGCUUUAAAAAUUAUAGAAGAGACCGGAUAAUGCCCAAAAAGUCGGUGGAACCCACACUCAUGCCACUCAAUGAAGAUAUGGCGUUAGACUACUCUAAAGCGGCUGAAAAUGGUGGGCCUGAGUUAAUAAAAAUACCAACCUGCACUAUUAAACAUUUGAUUCCACCCCCGAGUUAUACCUUCCCCUUUACACUGCACGACAACUUGAUUCCAAGUGAGUACAUCGCUAAAAAAAAUAUUACUUUGGGAAAUCCUGACGAAGCUAAGCUGCAAAGUAAAAAGAGAAACUGGGAUGCAGUAAAAGAAGUUGAGGAUACUAAAAUUCCAAAAAAAAUGAAGAUAUUAAAUUCCGGGGCCAGAAGUAUACCUGCUACAACCAGGGAAAUAACAUUACCACAUACAAUUAUGAAAAUAGAUAUCGGUGAUAACUGUUCUAUGCUGGAUCUUCCUGUCAACUCAGAUGCAAAUAUUUUACAAGAAGAAUUAGAUGAGGCAACAGCGUUUGAUGACGAACAAUACGAUUUAGUUCAGCACGAAACUUGUGUAGAUGAACGGGAUAUUGAAAUUCAAGACGACAAUAUUUUGCUUAAUGAGGAUUAUGAAGAUCUAAUGAAGCAGCUGGAAGAUAAAGAUGAUGAAAAGUGUGAAGAAACAAUGGAGGAAAUGGCUGAACGCAUAAAACAGCUGGAGGAGGAACUCGAGAAAUCUAGAGAAGAAUUAAAAAACAAAACAAAUACUUUGAAUAGUACCAAAACGGAAUUGAGAAAAGUGAAGACCAAAUUGAAAGCUCAUGAAAAUGAGCUAGAAUUAAAAAACAAAUCAUCAGAAGAAAAUCUUCGUCUACAAAAAGAGAACGCCCAAUUACGUGAAAAAUGCAAAGAAUAUGAGAAACAAAACAAACAAAAAGAAAUAAAUGGAGUAACUACAAGCCAAGCAACAUCAUCAGUCGUAAUAGAAACUGGCGCUGCCAGCCGCCGAUUGCCUGCAGCUGCAGCCAAUAACGCUCUAUCAAAAGCACAACUUUUUAAUGGUGUUAAAAAGUAUAUUUCAUCUUCAAUGCUUGCAUUAUUGCGUAUGGAGAUGUUCGCUAGUGCUGAUCGUAAUUGGAAACCAGAUGAAAGACGAGUAGCAAUAGACUUACUACAACUUGGCGAGGAAGUAUAUAAAUAUAUAAGCGAUGAAUGGCGUUUCCGUUUGCCAGCAAUGACAGAAGUACGGUUGUGGCUUGACGAUACUACGAAUUCUGUCGAUGAUGAAGAAGACCUUUAGUCAUUGAUAAGACAAGUUUUUUGAAUUAGUUAUUAAAUUAGAACUAUAUUUGAUAAAGGUUUAUUAAUGAACUACACUAUUUCAUAAGGAAUAUGUUGGUCCUCUCUAGCCUUCAAUGCGCCAAUGUUUCAUCGAGAGCAGUUGUGGCUAUCGGCUGAUCCAAGUUGCAGAUAAUUGAUGUAUUCUAUAGAAUAGAAAAGAGUGUAUGUAUGUAUAUAUUCUUUUAUAACUUGGAAUAAAAAACAUAAUUUUUCAAUGUCUAUAUA